GUUGUUCCCUCUUGCUUGCAUCUCUCAGCUACGGUAUCUUAUUCUUCAUCAUAAACAAAGGAGAGCAGCGCAAUUAGCACUCCCCGUUCUUCCAAUUAGCGGCGGGGUUUCGUCUGGGCUUUUCACAUCCAACCAUCACCAAAAGACGCCUUUCCCUUUCUUUGUGCUCACUUGUAGGCUCGUAGCCGCGACGCGUUCGCAUCUUCUUCGUCCUCCGCUGUUCGACGCCGAUCCAACCCCCAGUUCCCAUCCUCCCUCCUAAGCGCAACUGCUGCUAGUCAACACCCUGAGUCUUCCCUCGAUUUGCGGCGAAAGCCCGCGUUUUUUUUUCUUUGGUUUAGUUUUGGAGCCGCGAGGUUCUUGAUUCCGCUGCUGGUUUUGGUGCACUUGUCUCACGAUUGGUGGACUAAAGCUGCCGCCUUUCUUGCAUUUUGCGCUGUUCUUGGAGCGAUUCCUGCCUGUCCUGCUCGAGCUCAGCUUGGGCUGUUGCAACGCGUCGUCCUCGGGCAUUACAGGUUGGCUUUUGGUGGUUUCUUGUUUCAAGAACUAAAGCUUCUUGAUUACUGUUCUAGUUCAUUGCAGAUGGAUGGUUGUGAUUGCAUUGAGCCACUUUGGCAGGCUGAUGAUCUCCUAAUGAAGUAUCAGUACAUAUCUGACUUCUUCAUCGCACUUGCGUACUUCUCAAUCCCUUUGGAGCUCAUAUACUUUGUUCAGAAGUCUGCUUUCUUCCCGUACCGAUGGGUGCUCAUACAGUUUGGUGCUUUCAUCGUUCUCUGUGGGGCAACCCACUUGAUAAACAUGUGGACUUUCACCACGUAUACCAAGACUAUAGCUGUGGUAUUAACCGUGGCAAAAGUAGCGACAGCAAUUGUAUCAUGCAUAACAGCUUUGAUGCUAGUUCAUAUCAUUCCUGAUUUGUUGAGUGUCAAAUUGAGGGAGCGGUUCCUAAAGGCUAAAGCUGAGGAGCUUGAUAGGGAGAUGGGGAAAAUAAAAACAAAAGAGGAGAUGGGAAGACAUGUGCACAUGCUCACACACGAGAUAAGAAGUACACUUGACAGGCACACUAUUCUGAGAACUACACUUGUUGAAAUGGGAAGAACUCUUGGUUUAGCAGAAUGUGCCUUGUGGAUGCCAUCCCGCUCUGGAACAAGUCUUCAGCUCUCACAUACGCUCCAUAACAAUGCUCCGCUUGGAUCAGUUGUUCCUAUUAAUCUUCCUAUUGUUACCAAAAUUUUUAAUAGUAAUCGCGCCGAGAGAAUUUCACAUAAUUCCCCAUUGGCUUCAAUAAAGACUCGGUCAAGCAGGUAUGUGCCACCAGAGGUCGUUGGUGUCCGUGUUCCACUGCUGCAGCUUACAAAUUUCCAAAUAAAUGAUUGGCCUGAGCUAUCUACAAAAGCCUUUGCAGUGAUGGUAUUGAUGCUUCCUCCAGACAGUGCACGAAAAUGGCGUCCACAGGAACUGGAGCUGGUUGAAGUCGUUGCUGACCAGGUGGCGGUUGCACUAUCCCAUGCUGCCAUUUUGGAAGAGUCCAUGCGAGCCCGUGAUCUGCUAAUGGAGCAGAAUAUUGCUCUGAAUGCAGCACGUCGAGAGGCAGAAAUGGCUAUUUGUGCUCGGAAUGAUUUUCUUGCAGUCAUGAAUCAUGAAAUGCGGACUCCUAUGCGAGCAAUAAUUUCUUUGUCAUCCCUCCUCUUAGAAACAAAACUUACUGCAGAACAGCGCCUGAUGAUUGAGACUAUACUAAAAAGUAGCAAUCUUCUAGAAACUCUUUCAAAUGAUGUGUUGGAUAUCUCCAAGCUUGGGGAUGGAAGUCUUGAGCUGGAAAUUGCACCUUUCAAUCUGCAUGCCACCUUUACAGAUGUGGUUGAUUUAAUUAAGCCAGUAGCAGCCUUCAAAAGAUUAUCGGUAAUGGUUCACUUGGCUCCGGAGUUGCCUACCUACGCAGUUGGUGACCAAAAGAGGUUGAUGCAAACAAUACUAAAUGUUGCUGGGAACUCUGUUAAGUUUACAAAGGAGGGUCACAUUUCAAUUACAGCUUCUAUCGCAAGGCCAGAUUCUUUGAGGGACCCAUAUGCUCCCGACUUCCAUCCAGUUCUAUCCGAUGGGUCCUUUUACUUGGCUGUGCAGGUAAAAGACACCGGAUGUGGAAUUAGCCCACAAGAUAUGCCUCACACCUUCACAAAAUUUGCACACCCACAAAAUGCUACAAUCAAAUCACACGGUGGCAAUGGAUUGGGGCUGGCCCUUUCCAGAAGAUUUGUCGCUCUUAUGCAAGGGAACAUCUGGCUUGAAAGUGAAGGUGCAGGAAAGGGCUGUACCACAACUUUCUUUGUGAAGCUAGGCCUAUCUGAUAAACCAAAUGCAAAUCUCCGAAGAAUUGCACCUCCUGUCUAGCCAAGACAAGUAACUGCAAGUCCAGAUACAUCAUCGGUAGCCAACAACGACAUGGCAACUCUUCCGCUUUGUUACCAGUCAAUGGUAUGACACGAAUCUAUGGAGGAAACCUCAUCCAACGGGAGGCAGGCCAGAAGCCCGAUUUUGUGAUCAUGAUUCAUAGUUGCAUUUGCAGUGUCGGUGUACGGAUGGCAUGGUAGACAUUGUUCGCCCUUUUGCGUAGCUAUCCUGCUCUUGCCAAGGCUGCUGCUUCUGCACUACCACAGCUGCAGGCGCGAUCAUGCGAGUCCGAAAUUUUGGGCAAGGAGCGCAGUGUUAUGUAAGUUGUGACAUGAGUGUAACAUCCCGGAUUUUUCCGGAAUGUUAUAAAGUCAAAAAAAUGUGAAUUUCAAAAAAAAUUCGUGGCAAUGCUGUAGUUACCAACUUAAGUAGGAUUUCUGCCUCCCCAAAAUCCUAGCAAUUAAAAUUUUUGUAUAGAAUUAAGGAUAUUAAUUGCUAGAGUGGGAAUAUUUGGAGUUACUGGAUUUAUUUGGCUCUGCCUUGUUUAAUUCAAAUUCGAAUUGGAUU